AUGUCAAUAGGAAAUCCAAACACUCGUCAAUUUUACAAUCUCCCAAGACUUCCUGAUCGUUCGCUGACCACAAGUAACUACGGUGCCGCUUCAAUCAUGCAACCGGGGAACCACAAGAACAUUCAUCAACGCUGCGGCGACUUCAUAAUAGAAAUUGAACCUUAUUCUCACCACCCCAGCGGUGCAGGUCCCGGUACCAUGACUAUGACCACCGCGGUGUCAACCCCCCUCUCUUCGACCACCACCUGGAUGUCCACCCCCGCCUCAAUAUCCGACGGUCAAUAUUUGUCCAUAGAGAUGGCCAGAAGGUUGCACGACCUGGAAUCCUAUGCGCACCAUCAAUCCGAACAGCUUAAAUCACUGCUUUGGGAACGUGACGAUCUGAAGUAUCGUAACCACAAUCUCGAAGUUCGGGUAGAGAUGUUGAAAGAACAAUCUAACAAGUUUGACUACGUCUUUAAAGAACGUGAGAGCUUGAAGGUGCAAAACGAAAGCUUACAAAAUAGCAUACAACAACUCCAAACAAUCGCCACUCAAUCCAAUAAAGAGCGUGACGACAUCCGGGGAAGAUAUCAAUUACUGGAAUUAUAUUUGAGUCAAGUUCAAGAAAAUUUAUCCGGUCAUGAAAAAUUGGUCUUGGAGUUGAACACCGCAAAGAAUCAGAUGAAAGAGGUCGAUGUUGAGAACAAGAGUCUUCGCGAGGAGGCCGCGAGAUUACGUAAACAAAAUGAUAACCUGGCUGCCGGCAUGGGUCGACUGCAAGACGAGUUAAACUUUUUUGUUAAACAGCGUGAUGGUUUAUCGAGCGAAAUUUCAAACCUCUCUUCCAAGUCGGAUUCGAUGCUGGCCGAAUCGGAUCGGCUUCGACAACAAAACUCCAAGCUAAUCUCGGAAUUAGAAGCGCAGCACAAAGUAUCUGAACGACUGCGAGAACAGCGUGACGAAUUAAAGAUUCAGAAUUCCACUCUUGUAUCCGAGACCGAUCGAUUGCGGAAUGAACUGGAUAAGUAUUUGAAUAACAUGAUAAGGCAUCGACAAUCCGACAGCACCGCCUCCGAAAGCACCGUGUCCGAAUUCGCUGGUAGCGAAUUCGGUGAUGAAGACGAGGAUUGCCAGAGUACAACCACCGUAACGUCGACAGAAUUGCAAAAUCCCACUUCGCAAGGAAACAGCGACGCAAAACUUCAACUGACCGAUGAUUUCUCCGCACGAAAAACCGAUCGAGGAGUCGCAAACAAUGACUAUGAAUAUGAAGAUGUCACGGAAACGCCACGUGACAUGGACUCAUCCUACACGCGCAUAGGUGGCCCCAAUGAAGUGCUGGAGAAGUUGCAGAGUCAAUUGGAUGAACUCGCUCUUCAGCGUGAUGACCUAACCAAUGAAAAUGGCUUGCUCAAGUCCCAGGUUGAAAACCUGCAAAAUGAGCGUGACAUGAUUCGCGAGCAGUGCGAUCAGAUGACAACAAAGAAGAAUUCUUUGAUGGUACAGUUAGAGCAACUGCAGAGCGAAUGCGCCGAAAUUCGUCGACAUCGGGAUGAACUGAUAAGUCAAAAUGAUGUCGUCACUUCCAACUUCAAUUCAUUGACCCUACAACUCGAACAUCUACAAAGCGAAUGCAAUCACAUCAGUGAACACCGAGAUGAGGUGACCGGCAACCUUAAAGCGGCGGUGGAUCUUAAUAACUCCUUGACCGCGCAAGUGGACGCAAUCCGCAAGGACCGUGACGAGUUGUCAAGAAGGAACGUAUUAACGACGUCACAAGUGGAGCAAUUACAAGUGAAGCUGGCUUCCUUCGUUCAGCAACAAGAGGAUUUAUCGAAUGAAAAGAGCUCCUUGAUAUCACAGAUUGAACAAUUGAGGAAAGAGCAUGACCUCGUCUGUCAACAGCGGGAGGAAUUAUCAGCCAAGGAUUGUGCAUCGUCAUCUCAGUUAAUAAAAUUGCAAGAGGAAUUGAAUGAUCUGAAUCGCAAGCAAUCAGAAUUGUCAUCGCAACAUAAUGAAAUCCUGAAUAAAAAUACUGCAAUGGUUUCACAACUUGAAAAACUGCAGGUAAAUUAUGAUCGUGUAACAAAGGAGAGAGACGAUCUCGCAAGUGAAACCACCACAGUUUCGUCUCGAAUGUCGCAGCUUCAAAAAGAAUUGGAUAUCGUAUGCCAAAAUCGAGAUGAGUCUAUAAACAAUAACAACACUCUAAUCUCACAGAUAGGGAGGUUGCAAGCAGAAUUGGAUCAAAUUACUCGGAGUCGUGAUGAAGUAUCGGGAAAAAAUAGUGAGCUCAUAACCCAACUUGGUCAAGUCCAAGAUGAGCUGAAUGGUGUGAUCAAUCGGCAAAAGGAAGAAGUGAGAUCUUUGAAUAGCGGUCUCACCAAAGAAAUAAAUCGAUUGAGCGAGCAUUGCCGUGCGCUCAAUGAACAAAAUGAUAGGUUACAGCGACAAAAUUAUGACAUCGCCGCGGAACUUGAACGGCUGCGUAAUCUGUCGGGUAACGUCAAUGCGGAAUUAUCGGAGGUGAAAAAUGAUAUUCCCGAGUCACGGGAAAAAACACUCUCCGGGCAAUCAAAUGACGAACCUCGUGUGAUCAUUCAGCCAAACGAUAAGAUGGAGAACUCUGUCAAGUGUGGACAGGACGAGUUGAAAGAACAAAUGACUACCAUAAUUUUGGAGAAUGAUGAUCUAAGGAGCCAACAAGAAAUUGGUCAAAUUCAGGAGGAACUCGAGGAUGUCAAAAUACAACGUGCAGAGUUACGCAACGACCAAGGGCGUAAAGUGUACGAAGUGGGCAUACCACGAAGGAUGAGCUUGAAAUCACAAUCAACGCCUAUCACACUGACACAGCCGAGGAGCUACCAGCCGAACCAACUACGUAACUCUGAUUCUCAAGAAUCACUCAACAGAACGGUACAGGUCUCGCCAUACCGAUAUUCCAACAGAAUUUCGAUGGCAGAUAGAAGUAUACCUAUGUCCACGUCUACCGUGAGAUAUUCAACCUAUACGCACGCGCAACCACAACAAACGAUGGAACCUAAUGUUGGCCUAUCAAAUUGCCCCGAAGAAACCAUCGAUUGGGAUCAACAGGCCUCACCGUCGUCAUCACAACAACAAACCUAUCCUCAACGGGUUCGACCUCAGCAACUUGUCAUGCAGCCGCACCUCGCGCCCGCCGUAUCUCCCCAUGUGAUCAGAACCUCUGAAGAUUCCGGAGUUUUCAUGUCUCAGCAAGUCCACCCGACUCCGAUCUCGACUCCCGGACAAACUCAAUAUUACGAAGAUCAAAAUGUAUCGAGUCCUUCAAUUUACAAGCGAUACUCCACAAUAAGUCAGGAAUCGUUCGGUAGUGUUCCCCCUUUGAAAGCAUCUAGCUCACAAGCAUCGAUAGGGAAUGUGUACACAUCGGGGUCCAUUAAUCCACGCUAUUCUUCCGUUUCGAUCACAAGUGUUGACCCGGUGAAUCAGCGAAGUAGCAUCUACAACGUGUCCAAACCUUUGCCGAGUAUUCCCGUUCAAGAACAAAAACCUCUAAAAUCAUCAUCCGAAAGUAUAACUAGCAAGAAAUCUAUAAGGUUACCUGGCAGACUUGCAUCCCUGAGAAAUUCAAAGCUACCGAAGUCACACAAGGAA